GAAGAGGACAUUCUUCCUGCUUAAGCUUUCGUUAUCUAUUGUCAUCAUCCUCUUUCACGAUUGACUCCGGCAAAAUUGUUGAGAUCUCCCUUGUAGGCUUUCUGUUAAACUUUCUGAGCUAUCUCUCUUUCUCAGGCCAGCAACAACAGCUCAUUCCUCAUUUCAUUCAUGUCCAUGAAGAAUGGUAAAAUCAAGAAAAACAAGUAAAAAUAUAAAAGAAACUUUGUUUUUAUCUCAGUUUGCAGGCACAUCGCCGACACCACUCAGUCUGGAGACGUGCUAGAUGUAGCUGUAGCACAUUUCCUAUCACAUCAUCAGUAUCACCCAGCAAGCUAUGCACAUCUCACUUGGUUUCCUGUCUUACAGGCUAAGUGUUGUCUGUUUAUUGUCUACGGAAGUGUGGAGCGAUGUGAUGCGAUAUGGGGAUGGCACACUAAAGGGUGGCGAGUACAGAGCAUGUCACCGCCAGUCAGUCGAGAACCUUCUCACCGUGGACUUGACGACAGUAAGCUUUUCCUCUCUCUCCUCCUCACAACUCAUCACCGUGAGUGUAGUCGCGUAUACUCAUAGUUUUCUUUUGGCCUAGUUUGAUUGUCAUGGCGUGGCUGAAAUAAGUAGACAAAUCCUCACAUUCUCAAUGGCCCGCCUCUUUCCCUUGGCUCUCCUUGUUAUUUUGGCUAACCUCACCCUAAGCUCAGGAAUGUCACUCAGUGGUUAUCUGGAAAGACGAGCCAGUGUAGGUAAGUUGAUAGGACAUCCAGGACUUUAUGAAGACAGCCAGCCUGUAGCAAAGACCUUUGAAAGACCAGAGAGGACUGUGGACACUACAGGAGGAGUCUCAUCAGUAAAACGAGGAAUAUACAACAAGUGUCACUAUGCUUGCAUAGUGAUAAAAACACUGAGAUCGUACAAAUCGCUGCCUCAUCUAUCUUUCACCACCAGGAAAAAAACUCAGAAGAAGAAUCAAUAAUUGCGAGGAAUAGCCUGUGUGGACUGGUAAUUGUGACAGUUUUCAGACAAACCAUUCACCUGAUUGACCGCGCUUGGUGGCGCAGUGGAUACUGAGGAUCAUCAGGUUGGGGGAUCAGACCCUGCCUCCUGCACACCUAGUGCCUCUCUACAUGUGGCACCUGUUUACAGGCGGACUAGUUCGUAAAAUAUCAAUCAAUCAGACUUCACAGUUCAACUCACACCACUUUUUUUGAACUUUCAUUCUCUCAGACAAUCUUGAAUAUUUGACAAGAGCUGAAUUGUUAUCCUGUUUGUUUUGGAAAAUAAAGAUGAAGGUGACUUCAGCAAA